UUGGCUGCAGUGCGCUCUCGCGCGCCUGUGGAGAGCAGGGGGCUCGAGGAAGAGGCCGUUGGGCUCGAUCGUUUAGCGGGGAUGGCAGGUAUCCCGUUUUGCGCAUGCGCCGAAUUCGCUUAAAGCCGCCUGAGGAGUUUCUUGCUUUUGGAUGCUUUAUGGAGCUGAAGCGGACUGUUGCUGUUUCCUCGAAGGCCACCGUCUCUUCUGUCUGCUUGUGAAGAAGGUGAAUGAAGAUGUCAAAAGACCCAGAGGCUCCUCUCUCCUUAUCUGACUGCCAGUGUAAUAUUUGCAUGGACAUUUUUGUGGAACCAGUCACAUUACCGUGCCAUCACACAGUCUGCAAUUCCUGUUUCCAACUUACAGUGGAAAAGGCCAGCUUGUGCUGCCCUUUCUGUCGUCGGCGAGUAUCUUCUUGGGCACGGUAUAAUGCCCGCAGGAACACUCUUAUUAAUUCAGAAUUAUGGGCAAAGAUUCAGAAACAUUUUCCAGAAGAAUGCCAGCGCAGACUUAGUGGACAAGAGACAGAAGAAGACGCAUGUUUACCUCAACCACUACGCUGCUUAAGUAAGCCUGGAGAAUUAAGACAGGAAUAUGAAGCUGAAAUAACCAAGGCAGAAGCAGAACGACGUGCUCACGAAGAAGAAGAGAGCAAAGCAAGUGAACAGUAUAUUCAAAGACUCCUAGCGGAAGAGGAACAAGAGCAGAAGUUAAUAGGAGAAUGGAAAAAGCAGAUGGAAGAACAGCUUUUACAAGAUGAAAUGUUGGCACGUGAGCUCAGUUUUAGUUUGAAUAGCUCUACCGAAGAACGUAUGAGCAAUGGUCUAUCACCUGGUCUAUCUCCUGAUUCCUGCAAAACAUCAAAAAAUAAAUCAAACAGUUCUGCAGACAUUAAAAAGUAUUUGUCUCCGAAGUCCUGCAAGAUCUUAGCUCCCAACUUGCUAGUCAGAAAAUCAGAAGAAGAAAACACCGGCUUUUCUGGGGUCAGUAGCAAAAAUAGCUUUACAUUAGAGAAAGAAGAAAGAAUGGAUGAAAUGCCCACAAAAUCUCUGCAGACUAUCAGUGUGGCUAGAAAUACUGUGGGUUCUUAUAUAGAACCAGCUUGCAAGAUGAAUGGACUUGCUAGUGUCACAUAUAGGGAAGACUGUGAAACUAUGUGUCUUUUCUCAAAGAGCGGUAUGGCUGGUUAUGAUGUAAAAAAAGACAAUUUUACAGGAAACCUGGAUUGGCCAAACCAUCCAGGAAAUGCUGCUCCCCAGGAAACACUUAUUUCUGUAACAUCUGAUAGCCAGCAAGACUGUAGCAUUCCAACUUGCAACCAAGUAACAAUGGAAAAUAAAAAUGAGUCACUAAAACUGAUUACUACAGGGAUUCCUAAGAGAAAAUCUCAAGAAUCACCCUCCGAAGCAGUGGUGGAUUUGGUUAUGAAUGAUAAAAGAAGAAGAACUUUUGCACAAAUAGAUGAUGAAGAUAUGUAUGAUAUACAACAACAAAUACAUUUGGAGCAGAAAAUUUAUGAAAGAUAUAAGCAAGAAGAAGAAGAUAGACUUCUAGCUCUGAAGCUUCAGAGGGAAGUAGACAAAGAACAGAAAACACUAAACCGCAAAAAAGGCUCUCCAGAUGAGUACCAUUUACGCCCUAAAACAUCUCAGUCCGAAAAGGAAUCUCCGGUGCUUAGGAAACCUUGCAAGAAUAGCCAGACUGACAGAGAACAACGAAAAUUACGAAGAAGCUCUCAUAAUGAGAACCAGAAGCCCUCUAACAAACUUCAGACAAAGUCAUCUCCAAAAGGAGGGAAUGUUUUGAACUGUGUCCUUAACAGCCCUGCCUCUAAGAGUUCAGCAUUAUUGCCAAGCAAACAAAAAACGAUCGUUCAGAUGUUUAAGAGACCUGCAACUAACUAGCAGAUCAACAGUUGAUGUGAAGAAUUAUAGUAUAGAAAGGGAUUAAACAAUGGACAUUGUCUUGAAAAAUUGAUCAGUUCCUCCCACUUACGUGGUUGAAAACCAGUAGUGCCUGCUCUGUAGCUGUUAGGUAUGACUUCUUUUUCCUUCCUAGUACAUGCAUGGCAUUAGGUAAUUCUGAAUGCCAGGAAUAUUUGCUUUAAGCUACAUGUACUAUACAUCUGGUAGUUUAGUGUCAGAAUAUGUAAACAAAGCAACUCCCUGUUACACCUCUACCUUGUAAAUAUAUCAGAAAAGAGCAAAUGGCUUUGAUUUAGACUGGACCAUAAUUUCUGAUGCAUUUAUAGAAAUAUACUACCAUUCCUGCUGUUUGUUUUGUUUACAAGUUACAAGAUUUAUAUGUUAAAUAUUCCAGAAAUCUUUCUCUAUGGAUGUUUGCAACAGAUUACAAAGAUGCCUUCAGGUAUUCCCAAGUAGACUAGUUUUUCAGAUUCAUCAGCUUAUAAUUUGUUUAGAACAUCAUCAAUUAAAAUGACUUUUAAGUCUCUUGAGAUUACAAA